GCAUCCCUGUACCUGCAUACCGACGCGCUGCUGUGCCACGACGACGAGCUCGAGGGCCGCCGCGUCGCCUUCAUCCUGUACCUGGGGGACCUGGGGGCGGGGGACGGGGGGUCCCUGGACCUCUUUGAUGGGGGUGAGGAGGGGGACGGGGUGGCCGAGGUGCGGAGUGCCCACAAGGAGAGGCUGGCGGUGGGGGGCUGGUACCACGGCCCCCCCAUCCAGCGCCCCCCGCGCCCCCUACCGCCCUCCACACACCGCUGCUCUCCCCGCUACGUCGAGGAGGAGGUCCUGAGGCGGUGGGUGAGCCCCGUGUACCUGGCGGAGGCGCUGCAGGCGGGCGUGCGGCGGCAGUUCCUGCGGGACUCUGAGAUCGAGCUGCAGGACUUCCUCCUGCAGGAGGCGUACGAGGAGCUUAGCGCCGCCCUCAGGGGGCUGGGGGCGUGGCGGUGGGCGGGGCCUCCUACGUCCGCCCACUACCAGGUGGUGUGUGGUAACGAAGUACUGCUGCCAGCUGUGGUGCACGAGUUCCUCCAAGUGAUGACGUCAGAAGCCAUGUUCCUGAUCCUGAGCCAGCUGACCGGGCUGUCGCUGCACCAUCUGGCACCAACUGAUGAUGCAGAUUCUGAUGAUGAUGAAUCAUCUGGUAAUGAUAGUGAUGAAGAACCAGCUGAUGGUUGUGAUGAAGAACCAGCUGAUGGUAGUGAUGAAGAGCAAGCUGAUGGUAAAGUUUUGACCCUAAAACAAAUUUUGAAAAUCCAUAGAAAACAGCGAAGACAACAACCUGGAACUGAAGGAGAACAAGUGGAUUGCGAUAACAGUGAUGAGUACAGUGAUGGACUGGACCAGCCUUGGGUUUACGACGUUGGCAUCAACUUCGAUAACAAUAAUGAAAACAAUCCUGAAUCUGAUCGAAAUAAGGAUAACAAUGGAAAACAGAAGCCCAGUGAAUUCUGUAGUGAUAUCAACAGAAGAAAAAAAGGCAAUAAAAAGGAAAAGACAAGUAAGAAGCUAGGAGAACAAGAACUGUUAUCCAAUAAUAAGGGUAAUUGUUCUCAGGAGAACAAGGGACCUAAUGUUAGUUGUUCUCUGCGCCGCAUCAGCCACGGCUGCUACUCCCUCAUCCGCGAUGACGAUAACAACGAUAACAGCUCUGGUGAUAACAAUUCUAUUGAUAACAGCUCUGGUGAUAACAACUCUGGUGAUAACAACUGUGUUGAAAGCAAAUCUGUCGAUAACACUUACGCUAUAGCGAAUGCCGAAAACACGGACAACAAAACUGGAAAGAAAACAAAGAAAAGUUCCAAAGAUCAGAAAAAGAAUAAGGCUGGAGAUAAGAGAGAACAACUUGGAGAACAAGAACCAUCUCCCCAGCAAGAGAGCGGCGCCCCCCGGUUCGUGCUGGACGCGUACCUGCACCUCAACCUGCCGGGGAGCUGGCGGGAGGCCUACGGCGGCUACACGGCCUACGUCGCUAGCGACCAGCGCGAGCAGCUGGUGACGCUGGUGCCGCGCACCAACCACCUGGCGCUGGUGUACCGCGACAGCUGCACCUUCAGGUUCCUCAAGCACCUGAACACCGGGGCACCUGGGGGGGCCUUCCAUCAGGUGCAGCUGCAGUACCGAGAGUCUUGAUCCCGUCAGCUGCAUCUGUCAUCAGGUGCCUGAGAUGUGUCACCUGUCAUCAGGUGCCUGAGAUGUCACCUGUCAUCAGGUGCCUGAGAUGU